AUGAUCUUCACAGACUUGUACAAAUCGCCCAAGUCGCCACUAUCCCGGUUACGUCACUCACAUAACACACCACUAGCCGUGCUCUCUUCGGACUACGACCCCGACUUGACCAGCAAGGACAAGAGCAAGCAGAAGGAAGCCGUCAAAAAGCACCUACAGACCAAGGUCCGCAACGACUGGGUCUUCACCUGGCCGCCACCGGCCGAGCACACGGGCUCUUCGCCCCCAGUGCAAGAGCCUGAACCGCUGAAAGUCAAAGAGGACGCGCCGGCGGCUGAAGAACUCGAGGGCUUUCUCGAGGUCGCCUCAGAUGGCCCGGACCCUGACAGUCAGGCAGUCGCCGAGGAGUCUGAUAGUGACUCGGCCGAGGACGCAGACUCAGACACAGAUUCUGUCUACAGCACCGUUAUAGAAGACCCCGUCCACUGGCGGCCGAGGUUGGAAUGGGCGUCGGAGCUGUCUGAAGACGAACUGCCCCACAACUCCCCGUCACCCUUCAAAUUUGAUACCCCAGAUUCAAUUGGCCAAGCCGUUCACGCAUCCAAUAUUGCCGGCAAAACUCGCCGGCGCAGAGAGAUUCGAAAGGAGGCCGCAUGGAAUGAAGGCCUCGCGUGCUUUGAGGCCAGGAGGAAUGCAUGGACCGGUGCAAAGGUGGCUCGAGCCCGCCCCAAGCCGCCCUCUCCAAUAUCGCCCUCCUCGCCUAGGAAAGGCUUUUUCUGGCGGACGCACACCCACUCAUCGUCCAAUGCCGGCCAGACAGCCGCAUCUCCAGCCUCCAUGACGUCGCCGCUAUCGCCAGUCACGACAAACUCGCACCCAGACACCUCUCAAGCACACCCGGUCAGUGGAGAUAGCGGCAACUCAACCCCCAAUGAGAACCUGUCACCAAAGACAUCACGCAGCGACCAGCUUCAGCAGGGGCAAUUGCCGUCCGAACAAUUACCUGUCGAGACACUGCUGCCAAUCGCGCCUCCCCUUCUCCCACCCGCAAAUCCGAUGCGCGCCUCCAUCACCCCGGCGCUGUACGCCUCGAUCUACGAAAAGGUUGUCGUGCACAGUCUCCAGCCCUCCUGUCCCAUCAACCUGAGCGACAUGGUGCGUGCAUGCGUGGCGGGUUGGAAGCGCGACGGUGAGUGGCCGCCCCGGGUCACCGGCCCCGAGCCCGCCGCCUUGGUCGCGGUGAAGAGAAGGAAGUCGGCAACGACCGCAACUGCCGUGCCGCCAAGCCCGGCCGGAUUUGCAGCCAUCAACGGAUCUGCCGGGUCCGGGCGGAAGCUGAGCUUCUCCCUGCUAGGUGGGCAUGGUCAUAGCGGCGAGAAAGGGAGGAGGGAGAGUCUGGCCGAGGAGGGAAGUGGCGGGUCGGCCACAGGCAAGGCCCUCAGGAGGAGCCUUCAGAAAGUAUUGGGAAUUGGGCAUGGACAACAUCCUAAUCAGCCUGUUGAUGGCAGUACCGUUGUCCAGGAGCACUGA